AUGAAGAAGGAAACGGAUUCCGCUAGAGCCAGUCCUAUGACUCCUCUAUGCUGGAGCGGCGGAUCUGGUAGCGGCGGAUCUACUUGUCCCUCCGCCGCAACCGCCGAUGGUUUCGAAGAUACCAGUCGUCAAUCUGCCUGCUCCACAUCUACCGGAUCCGGAUCCAAGGCGUUACACGCAGCAAAUGAAAUCACCAGUUCUUGCUCAAAGAGAUCUAAGAAAAAGAAGACAUUUUUGGAACUUAAAGAUGCAGAGAACUUGCAGUUGAAAGAAAGAUUUGACCUUCAAAAGAGAUCUUGUCUUGAACAGAAGAUUGCAAAUGUGCAAGCAACAUAUCAAGAACGAAAUGCCAAGAACAAAGGCUUAAAGAGAAUUAAGCUUGAGUACUCAGAUCGAGUCAAGACCAUUCCAGUUAGUAGUCAAUCUAAUCUCGUCGACGAGUCCCGCAAAAGGAGGUGCUUACCUUCUUCCAUCUCACAAAAACACAGCAUAUCUCAACUCAAAGACGCGUCAGAAUCUUACAGAGCAAGAAGCGAAACCAAGAGCUGUGAUAAAGAAAAAGAAAAAGGUUUCUUCUUCGUCCCUGAUCUGAACAUGACACCAACCGAGGAGGACGACACAUUGUACGGCACGAGCUAA